UCGGGGCAGUUUACCCUAUCCGCCCUGAUACAUGGUAGUACCUAGGUAUGUGAGGUUACCCCGCCCAUGUUGCUACGCCUCCAAUCCCCAAUGCUCCAAGGUCGAAUGGCCAGAAAGGAUGUGAUAAGGCACAACACCUUCGUAGACCGAAACUCGACAUCUGCUCCUUGUGCCGAAGCAACAUUGUUGGCCUUAGGAUGAGUGAUGAUAUCGAUCACACACUACGUCUAGCGACGUUCCUUUCGCAACUGAAAUAUGAAGACCUCCAACCCGAGGUAAUCAACCAUGCCAAACUCUCGAUAUUGAAUAGCCUGGGUUGUGGUAUUGGUUCGUCACUGGCUCGUCCAGCUCUCAAAGUAUCUUCUGCAGUUCUACGACCUGAUGAAUCCUGUCUCGAUGCGGCAAUCAUCGGCCAAAGUCGACGGGCACGGCUCGAAGACGCUGUCCUCAUCAAUGGUGUCGCCCUUACAACCGCAGACUACGAUGAUACACACCUAAAGACGGUCGUGCACCCGAGUGGCACGCCUCUAGCCGCGUUACUUUCCUGGGCCGAAGUCCACCACCUCCCUGGGAAAGACUUCAUCCUUGCUUUUAUUUGUGGAGUGGAAGCACAAUGCGCGGUCGCCAACGCUAUCUCUCCCGGUCACUAUCGAGACGGUUGGCAUAUCACCGGUACGACAGGCGGUUUUGGUGCUGCUGCAGCCAUUGCCAAAGCUCUAGGUCUCAAUCCGCACAAGUUUGCGGCAGCUCUAGGACAUGCAGCGAGCAUGGCUGGAGGUAUCAGGGCCAUGUUCGGUACGGACACCAAGACACUGCAUAUGGGCAGGGCAGCACAGAACGGUCUUCUUGCGGCAAAGCUAGCUGAGAGCGAGUUCGACAGUUGUCCCCGAGCUAUUGAGUCUUGGAUGAAGCUCGUGUCCGAUACUGUGAGCGAUGCAGAUCUCUCGGCGUUGGCUACUGGCGGCCCGUUCGAAAUACUCGAAAACACUUUCAAGCCGUAUCCCUGUGGGAUUGUCAUACAUCCUCUGAUCGAUGGCUGUCUAAGAGAACUUGAGUUUCUUCGAGAUCGUGACUUGAUUGAUUCGCUUGAGGAGAAAAUGGACGUCGUUGAAGUUGUUGUAAACCCGCAAUGUGUUCGAUUGUGCUCGGUUCGUCAACCCCGGUCAGCACUGGAGACAAUAUUCUCGUUGUAUCACGGGUGCGCUGUCGCGUUGGUGUAUGGACGAGCUGGCCCAGCAGAGUUCUCUGACGCAGCUUCCAAUGACUCGAUUAUCAGGUCGAUCAGAGACAAGAUUCAAGUUACGACAGACCAAUCGGUCGCGGAUGAUGCGGCCAGAUUAAAGUUCAGAUACUCGCCCAAAAGUGUGUCGGCUAUGGGUACGGUGUUGGAGGACGAGGUCCGUAUCGACCACGCAACUGGAUCCCUGGCAAACCCAAUGGAUGCACAACAAGUCGAGAAUAAGUUCUCGGACCAGUCAAAAGCCAUUAUCGGCAGAAAAAAAACUUCUGAUAUCAUCCAGCUUUGCAGAAGUCUUGAGACUGUCGCGGAUAUGGGCGUACUGGGAGCACUCUUGGCACCAUAGAUAUCACCAUAUUGCAAGGACAUUGGUAUGAAUGUUGACGAGCUGGGGUGAUUAGGCUUGAGUUUUGUAAGCAUGAGGAUCUUGCAAGGGCGUGG